AUUUUUUUUUCUCUCACUAGAUAAAUAUUAGUCGCGUACUUGUUCCUCGCCAACGUUUCAACUGUACUUGGAUUGAAUAUGAUGUGAAUGGAACGUUAAAAAUCACGGCCAGGGAAGUUAGAAAGGAGGAAAAAGAGAGCAAAGUUUUGGCUCAAACUUACUUGGAUCUUGUUCUCAGUAGCAUUUCUACAGUGGCGGUUGUACUUUGCUUGAUAGUACUUUUCUACUUAAGGAUAAAAAACUCCGAAAGGAUAUUUGUUCAUAAAAACCUUUUGAUCUCCAUAUGCCUGGUUUACAUCUUGAUGAUCUUGGACUCGUAUAUUUUUACGAACAGGAAGGAGACGCCGAAAUUAUGUUCAGCUAUGGCUAUCCUCCAACAUAUAACACACACCGCCAUUUUCACAUGGAUGUUGGUGGAAGGAAUUCAUCUGUACAUCAAGCUGGUGAAAGUGUUUUCAGUCCACAAGCUCUACAUCACAUACGUUGUCAUCGGGUGGGGUUUACCAGUUGCUAUUGUGGGUCUGAUAGCAGCCAUCAGACCCGAGACAUAUGAUAUGAGUAAGACAUACUACGAGGACGUCAUGUGUGGGUCACUGAAACUUCCCGCGGAGAUCAUACGUGACAGGUGCUGGCUUCAUGACGGGGAAUGGCUGUAUAAAGGACCAAUCUUGGCAAUUCUCGUGGUCAAUCUUGUGAUAUUUGUAGUUCUGCUGAGAGUGAUUUUCACCAAGAUAUCGCAAAAAUAUCAGACUGAUAAAGUAAAGAAGACCAGAAAAGGAUUGAGGAGCAUCGCAACUCUACUGCCUCUGUUGGGUGUCACGUGGCUGCUGGGUUUUUUUAUCCAAUGGAGUGAAUUCCUGGCGUAUUUAUUCAUCAUUCUCAACUCGACCCAGGGUUUGGUGUUUUGCAUCUUUCAUACCUUUUUGGACGACCAGGUGAAGGAGAGUUUCCUUAGAUCCAUUAGAAGAACGCGCACGCGAUUAGGAAAGAGGAAGUACAACUGCCGGCCAUCCACCGUAUCAACAGGGAAUACGUUGUCACCUGCAGGUGUUAAGUCGUUUGGUUCGAUAAAUGGCGGAGCAAGCAGCAUGAGGCAACACCCAGCGAUUGCUGGAAUGAGGCAUUUUGAUGCUAAACUUUAA